CUGUCGGCAGUGUAACCUUAAAAUGUCCCCGACCUCACAACACGCACGGAACGAAAAUAUUGUAAACACUGCGGACCAACAUCUAGCUGCACCGCUGAACGUUCUCUGUUGGUUGUAGAUCAUGGGAGUCCACGGACUGUGGAAGUUACUGGAGAGUUCAGGAAGACCAAUCAACCCGGAGAGUCUGGAGGGAAAGAUCCUGGCUGUUGACAUCAGUAUCUGGCUGAACCAGGCUGUGAAGGGAGUGCGAGCUCGAGAUGGGAGCAGUGUUCAGAACGCUCACCUCCUCACUCUGUUCCACCGGGUCUGCAAGCUGCUCUACUUCCGCGUCCGGCCCGUGUUUGUGUUCGACGGGGACGCUCCCCUGCUCAAGAGGCAGACUCUGGCUGUGAGGCGACAAAGGAGGGAGGAGCUGACCAGAGAGUCUAAACAGACCAACGAGAAACUCCUCAAGACGUUCCUCAAACGCAGAGCCAUUCAGGCUGUUCUAGGAGAACAAAGUGAAGAGCCAGUCCUGAGUCUGUCAAAUGUGAGGAAAGAUGAGGAGGACAUCUACAUUCUGCCCGCUCUACCAGUUGUGGAUAAGGAGAACAGCUCUGGAGAAGAAGAAGCAGCAGAAGAUGAAGAGAGAUCUGGAGAUCAUAAAACGGACAGCCAUCACAUGUAUCAGGGAGAGAUGCACGGUGAUCCUAACUCAGUCGAUAUAAACGGUGAAGAGUUCAGCGAUCUUCCUCUGGAGGUCAGACACCAGAUCCUCAAAGACAUGAAGGAGUUUAGCAAGAGACGCAGAACCAUGUACCAGCCCCCCCCUGAGUGUUCUAGAGACUUCUCUCAGUAUCAGCUGGAAGGUCUCCUGCAGAGGAAGCAUCUGAACCACCGUCUGGUGGAGGUGGAGCGAGAGAUGAACCAUAACAGCGCAGGGGCGGGGCCACAGCUCUGCGGAGACCAGGACCAUUCCAACCAGAACCAAACCAUAGAGACACGCAGACUGCUCUCUGAGGAUUCUACUCACUACAUCCUCAUUAAAGGCGGCCAGAAGAAGAAGGCGAAGGUCCCUGAUAACCAGCCUGCAGCCCUUCCCUGGUCGGGGGGCCCGCUGUCAGGGGCCCGGAGACCCCGGGCGGGCCGACCCCAGCCGCUGUGGAGCACCGUCUGCGAGGAGGAGGAGGAGGAGGAGGAGGAGGAGGAGGAGGAGGAGGAGGAGGAGGAGGAGGAGGAAGAGAAGCAAGCCUCAUCUUCCUCUUCGGCCCCCACACCCAACCACCUCCCCCCCUCCCCUCGCACCCUGCAGGCCAUCCAAGCGGCCAUGGAGAGCGGCUCAGAGGAGGAGCAGGAGCAGUUAGGGAGGAGGAGGAGGAGGAGUAGGAGCGUCUCCCCACGCACAGCUCUGGCCAUCCAACAAGCCCUGGCUGAGGAGGGGGAGGGGGAGGAGGCAGGUCCACUCCCCACCCUACCACCAACAACGCUGCAGCUCCCCACUCCAUCAGCACCCCAGCUCCCCACCCUAACCCCGCCACCAGUACAGCUCCACACGCCAACACCACCUCCACCACCACCACCCCCACCACCACCAAAGCUCCCCACUGCUUCUCCACCACAGCUCGACAGCAGCGCAACAGCGAAUAGCCGGCCCGGUAUGACUAUUCCGACCAAUCAGAAAGGCCGUGGGGUUGUCCUAUCAGGUGGUUGGCUGGACAGCAGUUCAGAAGAGGAGGAGGUGGAGGAGGUGAUUAGAGAGGAGGUGCCCAGGGAGGAGAACAAACUGGGAGGGAGGAGGACUGUAGAGGAGACGUCGGACCGGUCGAAGCCGGGAGAGAAGCUUCCAGAACCCAUCAAGAUAAACGAGGAGAGGGAGGGGGAGGAGGGAGAUGUGGUGUUGGUGGAGGAGGAGGAGGAGGAGGAGGAUGAAGGUGUGAUGGAUGAUGGGAGCGAUUCAGAAGAUAGCUUCAUCCAGGUGUCUGAUGAGGAGGAGCCGAAACAGGAAGAGGAUGAUGAUGUCACAGAAACAGGGAAUAGGCCUCCGGCCUAUUCGGCCAGCCCAGGUACCCAGAAUGAUGAGGACCAGAAGGAGGAGGUAGAGCAGAAGGAGGAGGUACAGCAGAAGGAGGAGGUAGAGCAGAAGGAGGAGACACGGAAGGAGGCGGUACCGCAGAAGGACGAGGAGGAGGAGGAGGUGACCAAGGCGUGGGAUGGUGUUGACAUGGCCGAGCUGGAGGCGCUAGAGAGCUGUCUGGAGGAGGAGCAGGCCAGCCUGAGACAGCAGAAGGACAAGCAGGAGAGGACGGCGGCCAGCGUCAGUGGACAGAUGUGCCUGGAGAGCCAGGAGCUGCUGCGUAUGUUUGGCGUGCCGUACAUGGUGGCGCCGUCGGAGGCGGAGGCCCAGUGUGCGUGUCUGGACCGCCGCGAGCUGACCCACGGGACCAUCACAGACGACUCAGACGUCUGGCUGUUUGGAGGGAGACACGUCUACAGGAACUUCUUCAGCCAGAGCAAAUACAUAGAGCACUACCAGUACACUGACCUGCACAACCAGCUGGGUCUGGACCGCAGCAAGCUGAUCAACAUGGCGUACCUUCUGGGCAGCGACUACACCGACGGCGUCCCGGGGGUGGGCUACGUCACCGGCAUGGAGAUCCUGAACGAGUUCCCUGGACCCAAUCUGGAGCCCCUCACUCAGCUCAGCACAUGGUGGUCGGCGGCCAAGCAGAGGAAGGCGUCGGACCCGCGGGACUCCAAGGUGAAGAAGAAGCUGCGCUCCCUCCAGCUGACGGCCGGCUUCCCCAAUCCGCUCAUAGCGCAGGCCUACCUGCACCCCACCGUCGACCAAUCAGAGAGCGCCUUCAGCUGGGGACGCCCUCACCUGGAGCAGAUCAAAGAAUUCUGCCAGAGUCGGUUUGGCUGGACCAAUAAGAAGACAGACGAGGCUCUACAGCCAGUCAUCAAACAGCUGAACAGCCAGCAGAGCCAGCCGCGAAUCGACUCCUUCUUCCGCCAGGAGCAGCAGGAGCAGAAGGAGGUGCGCAGCACUAGGCUCCGCAGGGCGGUCACCUGCAUGAAGAGGAAGGAGCGGGAGGAGCGGGAGGAGCAGACGGAGGAGUCCCUCUCGCCUUCCAAAUGCAAACAGGCCAAGCCAGCGGAGGGGAGGAAGGAGGUGUCUGUAGGGGGAGGAGAAGGAGGAGGAGGAGGAGGUGGCUUCCUGGGGGCAGAGGUUAGGGGAGAAGGAGCUCCUCUCAGUUCUCCGAGGAAGAGGAGGGAGGAGGAGGUCCCCCGCACGCCUCCCACGGGGGCGGAGGAGCCGGCCCGCUCCUCUCUCCUGCGGGGGGAGGAGCGGGGGGAGGAGCGGGAGGAGGAGAGCAGCGGUUCUGACAACAGCAGUGACGGGGGGCGGGAUGUCACCAUGGUAACGGCCAAGUCGGUGUUUGAGGGCAGCAGGGGGGGGCGGAGCAGGGGUGGGAGGGGCCGGGGGGGUAGGAGGGGGAGGGCAGGGGGAAGGAGGGGGAGGCUAUAAAGUGAACCCUCCAGAGUUGUUGUUAAUCAAGGAUAUUCGAGCAAGCUGGCGCUACCUAGCUCUUUAGCUUACUAGCCCUCGAGCUAACUAUUCAUCUACCAUGUUAGCCAUUAACUACCACUAUACAGAGGUAGCCAGAUCAUGUUUUUCUGUUAUGUCUGUAUUUGUAAUGACAUAUUUUUGGAUUGAAUAAAAAAAGUUGAAUACA